AUGUCCUUCUUGUCUCACACAUUUGCUUUUCACAGGACUAAAAACUGUGUAAUCUACUUUCCUCACUAUAAGUUAUUUUCUGAUUUGCAAAUUAAUGAGUUGAUGCCAGAUUUUGAUGUUUAUCUUCCAAAUAGCCGGUUUAGAAAGUCUUCCCCUCGUGAUCCAGGUUUUCUACUAUACUUAUCUAGGGGUCAUCCAUCAUCUAAAGUAGAGAUUGAAUCUCUUGAGAAACAAUGUGGUGGCAUUCCUUUGAAAAUCUGCCAGGUCACAGAGGGAAGGGUCAGUUUCUUUUCCUAUGACAAGGUGGAACUUCCUGUUCAACCCUGA